GUUGUUUUUGACAGUUUUGUUUAUAAAUAGUGGGAAAUACUAAAAUCUUCGUAAAACUUUUAAUUUAAACCGUGUCUUAAAGCAUUACCCUUUGCAUGUUAACACGUAACUAAGAUUAAUUUGUAGGCCCUUUUAGAAAUACACUUAUCAAGAGCAAACGCCCUGCAGAAUUGGUAUGUCGAGUAAAACAGACUAUUCCGAGUGCAAGCAUGUCAACAUCACUUGUGAAUUCAGUACGCCAAUACCUUGCCUCGCAUUACAUGUAUGUUGUUGACGAUUGGCUAGCCGGUUGUGUAGAAUAUUUAUCAGAAGAUACUGAAAAUAACUACACUGAAGCGGAUAUAAAAAACCUGGCUAAAGAACAAUGGUUGCUUAAUGACUUGAAGGAUAUAUGUCCCGGAUCUCUUCCUGCCAACCUGAAGGGUGAGAUGAAGACCGUUCUCAAUGGGAAGUUUGUACUGCAAAUCAAUGCUGUUAUAGAUAUUGGCACCCCAGCAUACCAGCAGUACUUGAAGCUGCAGAGAGUGAACAUGGAGAAUGUUGAGGCCACCACCAACUAUGAAGAUAAGAUCUCUAGUCACAGAAUGCUAAAGUUGUACUUAACUGAUGGAGUUCAAGAGAUUUGUGGAUUGGAAUACAAACCUAUGAGGAAUUUAAGUGCUGAUAUUACCCCAGGCUGCAAAAUACUUAUAAAAGGUCCAGUAGACUGCCGGCGAGGACAGCUGCUGCUUACAGAAAGUGCAAUAGAACUAUUAGGGGGAGAGGUCCAGGAAAUUUCUGUGUCCAACUCCCUUGCUGGACAACUGUCUACUAAGUUAGGAUUACCUAUGACCCAAGAACCAGACCCCAACACAACAAUCAGCAUCUCAAGAAACACAAACAUACCAACACCACAUACAACAAUGCCUCCAGCAUUCGUUCAACCAGCGCCAAUAUUUGAUCAAAGUAAUCACCAACAUUCAAACAACAUCAACCAACAUCCAAACAAUCUGGACCAACAGCCAAACUUUGCAGAUGAUGACAUAGACAUCGACCAACUAGCGGCUUUAGAAGAACAGUUAAUAGAUAACCCUGGCAAAAGACCACUAAUUACUGAAACCACACACACAGAAAAGAGAUUUAAAACUGACACAGUAAACCAAUCAGACGAUUACCCGGACGACAAUGACAUAUUUUUCAAUGAAGAUGAAGAUUAUUUGAGAGAAAUAGAAGCUGAAAUUGGCGGCAACAUUCCUCAAAAUACGGAAAAUAAUAAAGUACUUUCUGAACCAUUUAUGUAUUUAAAACAGAUUAAAGAAAUGAGUGACAGUGAUAAACUUGGGAAGAUUUUCAAAAUCAAAGGGCAGGUGAUGAGUUUGUUAUCAAAAUUGUCUGUAAGUAAGGAAGGUUGGAGUUUGAAAUGUACCAUUGUGGAUGGUACAGAUAGUUUAGAUGUGGAAUUUACGAGUGAUGUGCUUUCAAAACUGGUGGGGUAUACGCCGCAGGAGAUGAACGCGAUUAAGAAGCAGAUGGCGACGAAGCCGGAGUUGAAGGAAAAGGCUAUUUCGGCCCUGCUGAAAGCGAAAGAAAGCCUACAAGUGCUAUACUGUAUAAUAGAGCUGACCAUACAAGAAGUGCCUAGAAUAACAGACCUCAUACCAUUUGAUGCUACGCACAUUGAUCAACUGAACAGGAGAGUGAAUAGCUGAUUGUUAUUACCCAACUGUAAAGAAGGGUUAUUUUAUAGAUAUUGUUAGUUAAGUACCAAGUGAAAGGAAAUAAAUGAAUUUAUUAUUUUGUUAUA